CGCCCUACCCCUCUGGGAUAGGGAAGAAAUCCUAACAGUCUGGCUUUGGCCAGAAAAGAGGCAACAGUUCCUGUGUCACUCACCUCUUAACUCACUUAGGGGUUUGUAUUUCCCCACCCUGUUCUCAUAAUGGUUAUGUCACAACAUAGCCAUUUAGCCCCCUAAACAUGUCCAUUACUGUCUGGCAGAGUCAGUCUUUAAAUAAUGCAAGCUGAAACAAAGGAGCUUUGUAAGUGAGAAGUCACAAAAGAAAGAAGGGAAAAGAAUCUAAAAUAGAAAACGAAUAAGCCUAUCUCUGGAGCCUGCUUUUAUCAGUACAAUACUAUAGUAUUGCGGCAUCUGCUUUUCUUAUACCCCCAACUGCCCUGGGCAUCCUCCUUCUGAUACUGGCAGCUGUGUUAGGAUAUGCAGGAAUCCGGAAAGUUGGAGGAAACAGUCCAUUGUGGUUCUCAUUGUACUGCACUGUCUCAGCUCUGUGGUGUGGAUAUGGAGUCAACUUGAUAUUAAGAGGAAACAAUGUCAUAAGCAUCUCUGAAAUGCGAAGUGCAAUAGUACCUGGUCUAGUAGCAUUUUUCAUGGGACUGCUUAUUAUUGGUAUUGUGGGGAUCCUUCAAAAGGAAACUGUCCCUGCUUUGAUGUCUGUCACACUUUCCCUAUCCAGCAUUCAUGAAAUAGUUAUAUUCUAUGAUAGCAGUGUAGGAACCUCUGCAGUCGCAUGUACUUAUCUUAUUGUAGUGUUACUUGGUGUAUACUUUAUCAUUGGUCGGACUCUCCAUAGUGCAGGCAAGGAGCACAUUGUUUUGCCAGGAAUACACAUAACUCACAAAAGCAAUGGGCAAGGAGCACCUAUAAGCUCCAGUAAAGCAUCAUUAAUAGCUAUGGGUUUCAUCCUUAACAUGGCAGCCUCUAGUGUGUUUGGCUGCAGACUUCUUGGUAUAACCAAUGGUCUUUUCGUUGGCCAGGUAGCAUGGCUGUGGAUGGCUGCUGUCUAUCAGACAAUUAUCUGCAUCCUAUCAUACCGAAAUUAUCACAUGCUAGAAGCUACACAUUUUGCAUUUUUCUCCAUUUUGAGGUAUGCAGAAGGCUAUUCUUUACUAUAUCAGUUCUUGAACAUUAGUCAGUUAUAUUACCCUCUUCCAUUUUUGGUGGUUUUCGCUAUGCUAUUUUUCAUUCUCACUCUCUUUACAAGUAUUCAAAGUCUUGUGCAAUCCGUAUACUUGUUGUUCUAUGUUGCCUACUGCAUUGCACUAGCCUGUAACCCACAUGGAUUUUUUUAUGGUGGACCCCAAGGAGUUAAUAUCGCAAUAUACAUUGUUUCAGCCAUUAUAGUGCUAGUCACUCUUUAUAAUGCCAAGUCAUCUAAAGCAAUUCCAACAGGCGAAGGCACUGUUAGGAAGCUGUUUAUCAACAAUAGAAUUUUCAAGCUCCGUCAGAAUAAAGAUAUAAAUGAACCCUUCCUUGGUUAUUCCAAGUAUGGAGAUGCAGAAAUCCUUGCUCAUGCAUGUAAUAUUUUGGCUGCUUUUGCCAUGACAAUGCCAGGGAACCCCGGAGAACCUUUGGUUACAGUUGUUUUGCCAUGGGUUGUAGUUGCUGGAGGGAUUUAUAAUCUUAUCUGUGGGUCAGUAGCUUUCUCCCGUGGCAAGACACUUGAAAGCAGUGCCUUCAUUCUGUAUGGAGUAAUGUGGGUGAUUUGGGGAAUUUCUCGUUACAGUGGUAUCUAUAGCACAAGCAGAGGUUUCAACACUGCCGUAGGAAUGAUAUGUUUCAUUCUCUUUAAUACUUUUAUUGUUUUCAGCACCCUUUUUCUAAGUAAAGCCUGGUUCGCAUAUACACUCACCUUCCAACUUAUUUUAAUCAGCUUUCUUCUUGAUGCAAUCAAUGUGCUUCCACAGGGCUAUGAUAUCGCUGUUACAGUUAUAUUUGGCCUUACAGGCUUCUACCUAUUUCUUUCUACUCUCUAUAACACCACUUUUGAGACUCCCCUAUUACCAGUUGGCAGCCCCAUUAUCAAAAUUAACGGUUUCACAAAUGACAGAUCCAAGAUCCAAUGUCCCCAUCUAAUUGCUACAAAGACAAGCUCAGUACAAAACAUUGCAGAAAUUAUGAAAAAUGGAGGGAUAUGUGGCAUACCUACUGACACUGUGUACGUCCUGGUGGCAGCUUGCAAUCAGCCGGAAGCAGUGGAGAGGGCAUACAAGACAAAACGUCAAGCUCAAGAUCGCCCAAUGUCUCUGUGGAUUUCAAACCUAGAGCAAUUAAAACCUUCCAAACAUUUGCUGAAUCCAUUGCUAUGGGAUUUCAUGGAAGCAGCUUGGCCCUCAUCCAUCAGUCUUGUGAUCCCAAGAGGGCCAUGGUUGGAUGUGUUAGGUGCUCGUGACUCAGCAAAAUACAUUGGAACACCUCAAAGCAUUGCUGUACGGAUACCAGAUUGUACAGUGACAACUCACUUAAUUGAUAUGGUUGGCCCGAUAGCAGUCACAUCAGCCAAUCCUUCUGGAGAAGCAGACACAACUCAUCACAAUCAAGUCUAUGCAAAAUUAGGAGAUAAGGUUGAUGGUGUACUAUGUGAUGGGGCUUCCCCUGAAAAUAUUGCUUCUACUGUGGUAGACUGUACAAAAAUAGAAACUGGGAACAUCGCAUUCUUUAGAGUUGGCAUCGUUCCUAAAUCACAGGUUUUACAAAUAUUAGACCAAGUACAACAGAAGCACAAGAAGGGUCUUGAUAAUGGUGGUUUCUCUGGAUCUACAGAAGAAAUCACACAAAGUAUUAAUGACUCUCAUAACAAGCUAGAUUCGAGGCAAAACAACAACUUUGAACACAAUAAAUCAACAUUAUAUGUCAACAAUGGGAUUACAAUGGAUGAUGAAUCACGAUAGUGAUUGUGACUUUAACAAAUGUUUUAGAAUUUGAAUGAUACAAUUUCCUCAUUUUUUUGUACCUAUUUAUAUUCAAUAAUAUCAAUAUUAUUAAAUUAUUUUUUAAUUGUUAGUGACUGCUCACUGUCAGUGGCAUUUCUAUUAUGG